GCAGCCCCUCGACUACCAUGUCUGUAGCCUGGAUCCCGGUUCUCGGCCUCGGUGUUUGUCUGCUUCUGCUGCCAGAGCCCGCGGGCAGCGAGGGAGCCGUUCCCAUUGCUAUCACAUGCUUUACCAGAGGCUUGGACAUCAGGAAAGAAAAAGCAGAUGUCCUCUGCCCAGGGGGUUGCCCUCCGGAGGAAUUCUCUGUGUUUGGGAACAUAGUCUAUGCUUCUGUAUCAAGCAUAUGUGGUGCUGCUGUCCACAGGGGGGUAAUCAGCAACACAGGGGGACCUGUGCGAAUCUAUAGCCUACCAGGUCGAGAAAACUAUUCCUCAGUAGUUGCCAACGGCAUCCAGUCUCAGACACUUUCCAGAUGGUCUGCUUCUUUCACAGUAACAAAAGGCAAAAGUGGUACCCAGGAAGCCACAGGACAAGCAGUGUCCACAGCACAUCCAGCAGUAGGUAAACGACUAAAGAAAACACCUGAGAAGAAAACUGGCAAUAAGGACUGUAAAGCAGACAUUGCAUUUCUGAUCGAUGGAAGUUUUAAUAUCGGGCAACGCCGAUUUAAUCUACAGAAGAAUUUUGUUGGGAAAGUGGCUCUGAUGUUGGGAAUUGGAACAGAAGGACCGCACGUGGGCCUUGUUCAAGCCAGCGAACAUCCCAAAAUAGAAUUUUACUUGAAAAACUUUACAUCAGCCAAAGAUGUUUUGUUUGCCAUAAAGGAAGUAGGUUUCAGAGGAGGUAAUUCCAAUACAGGAAAAGCCUUGAAGCAUACUGCCCAGAAAUUCUUCACAGCAGACACUGGAGCAAGAAAAGGGAUUCCCAAAGUGGUGGUGGUAUUUAUUGAUGGCUGGCCUUCUGAUGACAUCGAGGAAGCAGGCAUUGUGGCCAGAGAGUUUGGUGUCAAUGUAUUUAUAGUUUCUGUGGCUAAGCCUAUCCCUGAGGAACUGGGAAUGGUUCAGGAUGUUGCAUUUGUUGACAAGGCUGUCUGCCGGAAUAAUGGCUUCUUCUCUUACCACAUGCCCAAUUGGUUUGGCACCACAAAAUAUGUAAAACCUCUGGUACAGAAGCUCUGCACUCACGAGCAAAUGAUGUGCAGCAAGACCUGUUAUAACUCAGUGAACAUUGCCUUUCUAAUUGAUGGCUCCAGUAGUGUUGGAGAAAGUAAUUUCCGCCUCAUGCUUGAAUUUGUUUCCAACAUAGCUAAGACUUUUGAAAUCUCAGACAUUGGUGCCAAGAUAGCUACCGUACAGUUCACCUAUGAUCAGCGCACAGAAUUCAGUUUCACUGACUAUAGCACCAAAGAGAAUGUCCUAGCCGUUAUCAGAAACAUCCGCUAUAUGAGUGGUGGAACAGCUACUGGUGAUGCCAUUUCCUUUACUGUUAGAAAUGUAUUUGGUCCCAUGAGGGACAGCCCCAACAAGAACUUCCUGGUAAUUGUCACAGAUGGGCAGUCCUAUGAUGAUGUUCGAGGGCCUGCUGCUGCUGCACAUGAUGCAGGUAUUACCAUCUUCUCUGUUGGUGUGGCUUGGGCACCUCUGGAUGACCUGAAAGAUAUGGCCUCUAAACCAAAGGAGUCACAUGCUUUCUUCACGAGAGAGUUCACAGGAUUAGAACCAAUUGUUUCUGAUGUCAUCAGAGGCAUCUGUAGAGAUUUCUUAGAAUCCCAGCAAUAAUGGUGACAUUCUGACAACUGAAAGAAAAAGUGCAAGGGAAUAUAAUAUAUAAAUUGUAUUCUAGUAAUACGGAAAUACUAUAUAGCAUACUAAGAUCAGAUACAAAACUAUUAAAGAUGGCAAAAAUAUAAACAAAUAAGCAUUCAUUUAAAGCUACUUUCUAAUUACAGUUUAGACUUGAUUGUUCAAAAUACUCUGCUGAGGCUUCAUAAUCACGAUCCUUAGAAACUCAGGAAAGAGGAGAUAUCGUAGAUUAAAAUUUUAAGUUCAUCUUAACAUGCAUAUUAAAUGUAUAGAUAUGCAAAUUCUAUAGCUCAAUAAAAGAAUCUGAUAUUUAGACCAAAA